UUUCUCUGCCAAGAAAUCCGCCAGAUCGGAGGUAGAAAACCGCAAAAUUAUUUACUUAGAAAUUCUGGAGAAAAAUGGAGAGAUUCAUGAAGCUUAAUGAUUUCAAUCAGGUUAACAAACAUCAGAGGUUCCACCUAAUUAAAAGAUUCAAUUUUACGUUCGAGAGCCGAGUAAUUUUUCCUGCUCAGACUCUUUGUUAUGGACAGCUUUUCCCAAACCUUCUCAAGAUGAGACAUGACAGCAAGCAGAUACAACAGGUGGGUGCUUUCAAUGAGGGAAAAAAGGAAUCUACUAUAAACACAGUUAACAAGGAGAAGAUAUGUGAUCCAUCAAAUCCUAGCCUGGUCAACCAGAACUAUCAAGAUCAGAAUACUUCAGCUCAGAAUCAUGCUUUGCAAAAUACUGAGACUCAGAACUUUGUAGUACAGAAAAAUAUUCUUCAGAAUUAUGAAGCACAGAACAUUGCGCCUCAAAAUUAUGAAGCACAGAACAUUGCGCCUCAGAAUUAUGGAGCACAAAACAAUAUAUCUCAAAAUUAUGAAGCACAGAACAAUAUAUCUCAGAAUUAUGGAGCACAAAACAAUAUAUCUCAGAAUUAUGAAGCACAGAAUAGUAUUCCUCACAAUAAUGAAGCUCAGAACAAUAUACCCCAGAAUUAUGAAGAACAGAACAUUGCACCUCAGAAUUAUGAAGCACAAAACAGCAUUCCUCAGAAUUAUGAAGCAAAGAACAAUAUACCUCAGAAUUAUGAAGCGCAGAACCUUUCACCUCAGAAUUAUGAAACACAGAACAUUUUGCCUCAAAAUUAUGGAGCUUUGAAUGUUGCACCUCAGAAGGAUGAAGCACAGAACGGUGCAUCUCAGAAUUUUGAAGCUUUGAAUAACAUGCCUCAGAAUUUCGGAACACAUAAUAUUGCACCUCGAAAUUAUGGAGCACAGGGCUAUCUAACUCCUAAUUAUGAAGCACAGAACAUUGCACCUCAGAAUUAUGGAGCACAGAACAUUGCACCUCAGAAUUAUGGAGCACAGAACAUUGAACCUCAGAAUUAUGAAGUACAGAACAUUGCACCUCAAAAUUAUGGAGCACAGAACAUUGCACCUCAGAAUUUUGAAGUACAGAACAUUGCACCUCAAAAUUAUGGAGCAAAGAACAUUGCUCCUCAGAAUUAUGGAGCACAUAACAUUGCAUCUCAUAAUUAUGGAGCAAUGAACAAUAUUCCUCAGAAUUAUGGAGCACAGAACAUUGCAUCUCAGAAUUAUGAAGUACAGAACAUUGCACCUCAGAAUUAUGAAUUACAGAAUAUUGCACCUCAGAAUUAUGGAGCACAAAACAUAGUACCUCAGUAUUGUGAAGUACAGAACAAUGCAUGCCAGAAUUAUGAAGCACAGAACAUUGCACCUCAGAAUUUUGAAGUACAGAAAAUUGCAACUCAGAAUUAUGAAGUACAGAAAAUUGCAACUCAGAAUUAUGGAGCACAGAACAUUGCACCUCAGAAUUAUGGAGCACAGAACAUUGCACCUCAGAAUUAUGAAGCACAGAACAUUGCACCUCAGAAUUUUGAAGUACAGAACAUUGCACCUCAGAAUUAUGAAGUACAGAACAUUGCACCUCAGAAUUAUGGAGCACAGAACAUUGCAACUCAGAAUUAUGAAGCACAGAACAUUGCACCUCAUAACUAUGGAGCACAGAACAUUGCACCUCAGAAUUAUGAAGCACAGAACAUUGCACCUCAGAAUUAUGAAGUACAGAACAUUGCACCUCAGUAUUGUGAAGUACAGAACAUCGCACCUACGAAUUAUGGAGCACAGAACAUUGCACCUCAGAGUUAUGGAGCACAGAACAUUGCACCUCAGUAUAUGGUAAAUGGAAGUGGAACAAACGGAAAUGUGCUACAGAACCAUGGAACUGUAAACAGUGUUCAAUCAAACUAUGACACUGAUAUGAAUGUUCAACUUGUAAAUGGAAUGCGUGAGAAUGUUCAACCCAUAAUUACAAGUUUCACAGUUGAAAAUGAUAGGUAUGAAGAAGGAUAUACACAAACUGAUUUAGAGGAGAAAGAAUUGACUGAUAUGGCUGAUGAAACUACUACGGAAGAUUCUGACACCAAAGAGCCUGAUGAUGAAGAUGAUCCCUGCUCUUCUUCUGAGGAAAAUGAUUCAGAAUCUGAUGAUAAUUCCUCUGAAAGUGAUGAGGAAAGCAAAGUUGAAAAGAAAAAGCUGAAUGUUUGUAAUUUGGUUUAAAACUAAUUACAUGUAUUUACAGUAUAUAAAAAUAUCCUGAUUUUUGUUUGGUUCAUAUUUAUAAAUAUCGAUUUCUGUGUACUUCUCACUAAAUAAAUGUGGUUUAAGACUUACCUAAAAAUAAAUUUAAAUGUUAAAAUAUAAAAGUUAUCAUCUC